UUCCACUCGAGAUCGCCCCCAAACAUCUCCAUCCAUUCGUACCUCCUUCGUCUUUCCAAGUACUCUUCCAUCCCCAAUUCCAUCCUCCUCGCCACAAUCUACUAUAUUGAUCUUCUAUCGUCCAAGUUCCCGGCUUUUUCCCUUAACUCCCUCACUGUCCACCGUUUUCUCCUCACAGCCACCACCGUCGGCUGCAAAGGCCUCUUGGACUCGUUUGCCACCAACACGCACUACGCCAAGGUGGGUGGUGUCCAGGUGGACGAGUUGAACUUGCUUGAGAUGGAGUUUUUGUUG